GAGGUCAUCCACCCAGAACCACCUCGAGUCUAUCACCAGGAAGACCACGCUUGAAGGUUGGACUACAUCGAAGAGCUCGAUAACCACAAAUAACGCUGAUCGACCGUUCGAAUAGACCUGAGCGAAAUAACCAUGGCGGAUGACGAGAGCUUGCUCAAGUUUUUUGCCGAGGAACGACAGUUUUUUGAUGUCCUGGAGCAUUAUCUCGAUCAGAUUGAUGAUCGACCUGGUGCCAAUCUGAAAGAGCCGCUGCCUGAGAUCUUUUCGAACAACCCGUUCGGUUACUUGACUCUACUCUUAGAUCGUUAUCAGGAGCAGCCUUACCUUUUGGAUCCCCACCUCGAACGCAUGGUACAACCUAUCAUCCUACGUCUGAGACAAUGGCUGGAAUAUCUGCAGCAGCAUUCAGCUGAAUUUGAAGAACCUCCGACCGAUUCAACCGAGACUCUGAGCAUCGAACAACUAUCACAAAAAUUAGAAAAGCUUUCGCAUCUGCUAUAUUUCGUCGUCAAAGUUAGAGGUUACAAGACAAUCGUUCGCUUCUUCCCUCAUCAAGUCCAAGACCUAUCUAUCGUAAUAUCCACUUUUGGUCUGGUUCUUCCAAAGUUGGAUAGCGCACCCAGUAAAAUAGUGGAAACAUUCUCGGAUGCUCUUUUAUGGCACUUCCGCUACAUCCUGCUGCUAUGGCUCUCUCUCAUCUGCAUGAUCCCCUUCGAUCUUUCGCGAUUCGAUAAACUUUCAACACUGCAAGCUCAAAAAAUCUCGACUUAUCAAUAUGUCGAAAAAGUCGGUUGGUCUUAUCUCAGUCUUCCGGGGAAAGAGAGAGAGGCAGCUGCCUUGGUGUUGGCAAGAUUGAUGUUGAGGGAAGACGUUUUCCGCUCACAUCUACUUGCGUUUGUGGAGAAAUGUCUUGACAAUCUCCGGGUAGCUGGAGAACACGAUCUAUUUCUGGCUACUGGCAUAGCUCAAGUCCUAUGUAUCCUUGUAGAGUUAGCUAGGCCUCCACAAUUAUUGGGUGUAUUGCCCCUCCUCCACCAAGCGCUUCUGGAAACAAGCAAAUUACCUUACAUUUCAGCUAGUAUCAACCUACGAAAACUUAGGGCCAAGCUGGCUGGAAGAGUGGCUUUGGUCAUACCGGUUAGCCCGCAGGGCUCGUCCGACAACGAAGAUGAGCAAGUGCCGGAAUCUAUUGAAAUAAUCGUCCAAGAUUUAUUGGAUUGCCUUCAAGAUAAAGAUACAGUUGUGCGUUGGUCGGGAGCAAAGUAUCUAGCAAAAAUCGGGAGACGACUUCCAGAGGCCUUUUCGAUCCAGAUAUGUGACGCUAUCCUAGAGCUGUUUAGCCUGAAAACCGUUGAAGAACAAAAGGGCGGGAUCGAUCUGUUGUCGGUGAACGAUUACACCUGGCAGGGUGCUUGCUUGGCUUGCGCAGAAUUUCUUCGUCAAAAAUGUUUUCCGGUCUCGCGUCUUGAAAGUUUGAUUGAAUGGGUUGUUCGAGCUUUGCAUUUCGAGCAACGCAAGGGAGUCCAAAGCAUAGGCUCAGGCGUCCGAGAUGCUGCAGCUUUCGUCUUGUGGUCUUUUGGUAGAGCCUUUUCCUCAGCUGAAGUAGAGCCUUUCGCCAAUCAAAUAGCUAUACAACUGGUUCUGCAAUCGCUGUUUGAUCGAGAAGUGCACGUUCGCAGGGCCGGCAGUGCAGCCUUUCAAGAAAACGUCGGAAGACUUGGAAUAUUUCCUCAUGGAAUCGAUGUCCUUCAGCGGGCGGAUUUCUUUACGGUCGGACUUCGAAGAUCAUCCUUUUUGAAAGCGGCUCCCGAGGUUGCAAGGUUCGAAGAGUACCGGGAGGCCAUUUUGAAUCAUUUACUCGAAGUAUGUGUUUGCCAUUGGGAUGGUGGCGUGCGCGAACUGGCUUCUCAAUCGAUCUGCCAGAUAGCUCGAGACGCCUUCAAUCAAAUCCCUACGGUUUUAUUGGAUAGGCUUGAAUCAGGUCUAAAAUCCAAAGAUAUCAAUCAAGUACAUGGUUCUCUACUCACCUUGGGUGAGUUAGCCAAAGUUGUCCAGUCCGAUAAAACGGAGAACGCUACUAUCAAAUUACUUGAAAAGAUCUUUCAGUUAGUCACUGGCGUCCUGCAUUCUAACUUGAAACCUCGCCAAUUAGAAGUCUUAUUGGAAGCAAUCUGCCAAGCUCUUGCCAACACUUUACCCGAUUGCCCACGACUUUGUGAAAAUUUUAUCAAAAGUCCUGCUUGGAUGCAGCUUGUGGAUAUUGGUCUGAAGCGUUCUGAUGACAACUUACAUUGCUCGCUGCAAAGCGUGUUACAUCAAGUCUCCCUUCGUGGUGUCGGGGUACAGCAAAUACAGUUUUUCUCAAAGGCUCUAACAAGCGGUUUAGUAGUUGCUAGACAAGCUUCCGCGCGAUGUUUGGGUGGAUUUGUGUUUUCCUCGGGAGCACUUCAAGUGUCCUUCCAGUCUACCUUUGACUUGUUGAUCGCUUGUACAGAGGAAAAGGAACUGUAUCGAAUCUCUCGUUUCAAUUGUGGCGAGCUUUGGGGACCAAUUCCAUACUUGUGGGUCACUUUGAUCUCUUCCCCUCCGCCUAAUCACAUAAUCGCCGCUCCAAAUAAUGACUUGAGUAUCACUUAUGGUUGGAAAGUCUGCACUCAAGAACAGUUUUCGAAGCUUUUGACGGUUUUUGUAAAUGGAUUGUUUAACUAUACUAAUGAUCAAAGAGGGGAUGUCGGAUCUUGGGUGCGAGCAUCAAGCCUCAAAAGUCUCGAUCAAAUCAUCUAUUUAUACACCAAAUCACUGGAAUCAAUUGAAGCGCGCAAAAAUAAUCACAACAUCCAUAUUGAUGGUAGAAGCCCACUAGAACUCGAUAUACACGACAGGGCACUGGAACCAAGUGAAGCUCAUGAAAAUACUCACAAAAUCCAUCAUGACCGGAUAAUUCCUCUCAAACUCGAACAACGCUUCUUGAUCAGUCACAUCUUCAGUGGAGUUUUGAGACAGUCUUUGGAUUCGAUCGAUUCGGUUAGACAACUUGCCUGGCAAACCAUGGCUAAGAUUUUAGUCUACCUGUCGAGUUCGAAAUUUCUUCAGAUUGAUAAAGAUAUUUUGGUUUUGUUGCAAUCGGCUUUUGAUCGACGGAAUUCUGAACAUUGGAGAGAACUCAAAUGGACUUUCCCAAACUCCGUAGAUUUAUUGACUCAGCUGAUCAAAAGACAUUUGCAAUGUGCAUUUCCGUCAAACGAGUUCAUCGAAUUUUCCAUCUCACUUUCGGAGUCGCUAUUACAAGGUAUCAUAAUCUUGAUUGGGGGCAAAGGUAAUAAUGACGCCAAGAAAGCAGCUGCUUCAUUUGUCGAACACAUUGGUAAAAUUGGAGAGUCUAAUCCCUCAAUCUCAGUGGAGGUCGUUCGAAGAAUUUUAAAAUUAACAUCAACCCGGCCGAGCGGAUCGAGAAAUUUUGGAUUGUGUUGUUGGGAGACGAUUUCCCUGUUACUCGAAACGGAUGCCUUGAAGCCUCUUGAGCAACAUGGCGAUGGUCGAAAACUACUCCAAUCUAUCCUCCACAUGGUCACUCGUAAUUUAAAUCAACCCAAGGUUUCUGUGAAUCGAGUCUUGACUGGCUCGAAAAUGUUGCGUUCUUUUAUGGCUCUCGAGUCUUCGCAUCAACGUCUGACGAGUUCCUUGAACUUCUUCUAG